GUACCUCCUGGACAACCUGGACGAGCCCAACGGGUGGGGCUACUGCAUCGACAUCACCGGGCCGGUGCCCUUCACGACGGGCUGUCCUCAGGUGCAGGGCCACUCCUGCAAGGAGGAGGGGGCCGACGGCCAGUUCGAGUACGACGAAGAACUGCUGGCG